AUGAAUUAAAAAGGAAUGAUUGGACUUUAUUUAAUGAAUAGUUUAGUAUAAUUAUAUAUUAUUUAGCUUAGUAGUGCUGUAACUUCUUAUUAUGAAAAAUAUCAAAAUGAAUAUUUAGGAAUUCAAAUGAUGUCCCCAAAGACAACAUGA